GGGGGGAGGGAGAGUGAGGUCCACCUGUGGGCGAUGGAAUUUGUAUUAUUUUUUUUGGGGUCCCCGUGGAUGGUAUCCUUGAAAGGAGCUGACCAAACUGGGUAAUUUUUUUUUCUUUUUUUUUUCCCCUCCACAUGAACAAUCAAAGCGAAGAGAAAGUUGCCCAGACGGAUGUGGUCGGAACGGCAGCGGGGAAGUCCUCCAGAAUUAGCAAAACCAGGAGGAGCAUCCGCAAGAAGGGGUCUCGCCGGAGAAAGGACAAGGGACAUGCAAAGCACAACAAUGGAGAGCUAAUCAGAGUGGUAAAAAAUUGCAAGCAGAACGACAGCAUCUUCGACUUUAUCGAUGGCAGUUUUAGGAGGUACUUUUUGGUGAAGCGGGGGGGUGGAGCGGGUCCACAAACGGGAGUGGGGCCAGGAGACCACGUAGACCACGCAGAUCACGCAGAUCACGCAGACCAAGGGAGGGCACCCCCCCCGUUUGUCUUCUUCCAAUCCGUUAACGCCUUCGAACUGAAGAAGCGCCAAGCAGGCGAGGCCGUCUUCACAACGCUGCUUCGUAUGACCAAGGCGAACAUGGAGCGGCUCUACAACGAGAGUAACUUUUUAAAUCGCGGAUGGUCGGAUGAGAAGAAGUGGAAGGAGCUACGCAGCGACAGGUGCAAAUUGAUACUGGGGUUUGUCCAGAAACAUCAGCCUACUGAAGAAGAGACCCCAUCGGAGGAGCACCCCCUGACUGAGUCUCUGCCCACGGGGAGCGAAGCUAAUAUGUCCUUCCUCCAAAGGUUACAACACAGCAAAGGGGAGAAUGAAGGUAAGAAGGAUGCGGAUGAUUACCUAGCCAACCUGGCCGAACACUCUCUGGUCUGCUUCGUGCACUACAGACUGACGGCAGAUUACCCACCCAAUGAACACACAACCAUCUGCUACCUCUACGAAAUUCAGAUCGUGCCAGAGUUCACCAAGAUGGGGAUAGGCAAGCACCUCAUCGGUAUGCUGGAGGCUCUGUGCAAACGAAUCAAAGUGCACAAAAUCGUGUGCACCGUUUUGAAGAGCAAUGUCAAUGCGGUGUCGUUUUAUAAGACCAAGUGUUCCUUCCAGGUGGACGAGAGCUCGCCGGAUAACUUCGCGUCGGACGACUCGGAGGAGUGCGAGUACGAGAUAUUGAAGCGGGAAGUAAGCAGCUAG